AUGAAUAGUUUAGAUCAAUCACUACAAUCGGAAUUUUAAGAGUUCAGAUCCUAAUUUUAACAAUAAGAGAAGGUUAUUAACAACCCUGAAUCUUUAUCGUUUUAAUACAAGGUUUAAGGCCAAUCACCCCAUUCUUCUUUUUAGUUGUAGUCUGUAGAAUAGUAAUCCCUUUAACAAUUGAGUAUAGUUCAUCCUUCAGAAUAACAACAAGUUGAAAUAUCAGAAACAUCCCAAUUCGAAACUGAAUAAUAUUUGAAUAUAAGUUUCCAAGACAUAAUCUAAUUGAUUUUUAAUAACCAAUGCUCACAACUAAACAAAGCCCUUAAAACUAUAGUCUUUCGGAGCUACGUACUAAUCAACCUAUUCACAAUACUCAAUAUCAUUUUUAUUUUAAAUGAAGUAAUUGCACUUUACUUUUCGCUCAUUACAAAAGAUAAAAUAAAAGAGUUAUUCAGCGUUUAUUUUGGCUUUAAUCUAAUUUCUGAUUGCUUAAUAACUUACAUCACCUUUUAAUUAAGAUACAUUAUUAAUGAGGCCGAACAAAUAAACUAAGGGGAUGCCAGUACUUAGAUUAUAGAAUAUUUAAAAUAUACUAUAAAAAUAAAUAGUCCUUUCGAGGAUAUAGUGGAGGAUGAAGAACAAUUGACUCAAGCAUAACAAGUUGGGAUAAGUAUUUCUGAGAAAAUUACAACUCUGAAAUGGCUAACUUAUUUAUUAGAGAAUCAGAAUUCUUAAAUGUUCGCUUUAAAUAGGGUCUGCUUGCUGACCAAGAUGAUAUUAUUCGCUUGGGGAAAUAUAACAAUUGUGUAAUGGAUAUAUUUAAAUUGGAAUAACAAUAAUAUCAAUAUGGAUUAAUUAGAAUCAAUUUUGAUUGUUUUGACAGUAUUUUCGAUGCUGAUCGGUUAUCUCAUGAUAAUACUUCUGGUGAGUUUUCUCCUAGUUAUUUGCGUUAUAAUCCCGGUCAUCGUUGGUAUGGCUCUUUGGUAGUCAUGCAAUUGGUGUACUUACUUAUAUAAUGAGUAUCAGCUUCAUAGAGUUGCUUAGUAAAGACAAAGGUUUUUAAAUAAUUUAAACACUUAAAAAUUCGAGUAAUUAAAGGAGUAAGAUGAAAGUAUUCACGAAGAAUGCGCAAUAUGUUUAUCCACCUACUAAAUGGAUGAUAAUUGUGUAAAAUUGCCAUGCAAUGUAGAUAGUGGUAAUAGGAAAAUAAAUCAUGUUUUUCAUGAUACUUGCAUUUUGGUAUGGAUUUAAACAUGUGGGUCAUGUCCUAUUUGUAGAACUGUUUUCAUUGAGAGAUAUGAACAAUGA